UGUUCUGUCAGACACAUAAGGGUAUUAAGUGUUUUCUUGGAGGGAAAACAAGAAUAUAGAGAGGCAUUUGUGAAAUAGGAGCUUAUUUGGGUCACUGUGCCAAAUGUCAAGGCCUUAGAGUUCGUUUUUAAUGGAAAAGAAAAUUGUAUGAAUGGGGUCUCAGCCUUUUUUCCACACUGAGCGUUUGAUUUUAUGUUAUGGUGUUGCCAGUUGUAUCUCAGCUACAACGGAUAUAUGUCACCGCAUACAGUAUGGACAUAUCUAUAGUGACUCAAUGCAAUAAUCAUAUCCAGCAACGAAUAAGAGUCACAGCUUGUAACUUUUCAAGGGGAAAGCCUUCCUUUUGAAUGAGAUUUGACAUGAGAUUCCGCCCGCAUCAGUUGUUAGCGAGAGGUAAAACAAACGCUCUCAUCUCAACCAACCGUCAGACUGUAGUUCUGUAACAAUGGUGCCUUCAUGGUCCACCGAAAAACUGGGUUACUAAAUGACCGGAACUUUGCAAUGCGUUCACUAUAAUAGGCUAAUAAUAAUAAUGACUUUAUUUAUAUAGCACCUUUCAAAAACGAGUUACAAGGUGCUGUACAAGAGAAAUAAAACAUUAAAUUCAAUAAACUGACAAAAUAAAACCACAAGAAGAAAUGACAUUGGACUUAAUUUAAAAUCACCAUUCACAAGGUAAUCAUACAUCAAUAAUAAAAGGAAAUUAAGAGAAGGAAUGUACCCAGAGCAACGACUGAUAUAGCAGCUGUCACACAAUGAACUGUGAUGUUAAAAUAUUAAAUUCAAGUAAGUUAGGGGGACUGUUUAUGCCCAAUAAUCAGUAUAUGACUACAAUUACAUCCCACGGGAGUAGCUUGAUAUCGCAGUGAUACAGGAAUUUACGAGUGGCACCCAAAUGCAACCGAAGGGGCGGGAACUUUGCGUAAGUGUCCACCAUUCUUCAAGUUAGCACAGCGUGAGGACAAGAACACACUAUUGUUGUUUUAACCUAAACAAAAUCAAACGGGUUGCCGGCGUUUUGUUGGUUUUUGUGGCCGGAGUAAGCGGUACCAUGUCCGGCAGCUGGUGGAGCAGUGCGGCGGUGACCCACGGGCUGGUGGCUCUGUUCGCCAUGGGCUCCUGGAUUUCCGUCAACAGUCUGUGGGUCGAGCUCCCGGUGGUGGUCAAUGUGCUGCCCGAAGGGUGGAACCUGCCUGCCUAUCUCUCGGUGCUGAUAGCGUUUGGGAACAUUGGUCCGAUAGCGGUGACCAUCACACACCACUGUGCUCCGGGACGCUUAAAUGAACGCCUCGUCAUCCACUGCAUCCAGGUGCUGGCAGUCAUAGCGUCCGGUCUUCUGGCUGUCUUCUGGUCGCACAGCGUCACAGUAGCUGGAGGAGAACGCUCCGUGCCGUUCCUGCUUUUCACCUUUGUGCUGUCGUUUGUUUGCUGCACGUCCAACGUCACCUUCCUGCCUUUUAUGUUCAGUUACCCUCCUCAGUAUAUCCGCACUUUCUUCAUCGGUCAGGGCCUUAGCGCCUUGUUCCCGUGUAUUGUGGCGUUAGGGCAGGGCGUCGGCAAGCUGGAGUGUAAAACGGUGAAUGGCACCGUGCAGCCGGAGUAUUUAAAGGAGAACUUUCCUGCACAGAACUUCUUCUGGUUCCUGUGUGUCAUGCUGACAAUCUCAGCUGUGAGUUUUUUGGCUUUGAUGCGAAGACGGACACAAUCGCAGGAAGAUGCAUCGCCGCAGGAGUCCGACAAUGAAGCAGCGGCGGUGAAAAACGGAGAGGAAACGCACCCACUACACAACGGAGGAACACCGGUGUCUGAGGAUCUGGUGCAGCUGGAGGAGCAGCCACCCACAUUUUGGACGAAGCGAAACAUUUACCUGCUGUCGCUGCUCGCCGUCUCCAACGCCCUCACCAACGGCGUGCUGCCCUCUGUGCAGAGUUUCACCUGUUUGCCCUACAGCAUGAUGACCUUUCACCUCUCUGUGGUCCUGGGCAACAUAGCCAACCCCGUCGCCUGCUUUCUCGCCAUGUUUUUUGUUCUGAGGUCCUCCGCUGGCCUCGGCUUCACGUCUUUAGCAGCAGGAGUAUUCGCUGCGUAUCUCAUGGCGUUAGCAGCACUCAGCCCCUGUCCUCCACUCCUGGGAAACCUUGUAGGAAAGGCUUUAGUGGUCAUCUCGUGGAUCGUCUUCACCGGGCUCUUCUCCUAUCUGAAGGUGGUGAUUGGGACUUUGCUCCAUGAGGCGGGUCACGCCGCUCUGCUGUGGUGCGGCAUCUCCAUCCAGGCGGGCUCCCUGGUCGGAGCCCUCACCAUGUUCCCUCUGAUCAACGUCUACCAGGUGUUUAACCGUGCUCGAGAAUGUGUGGACUGCUGCACCAACAACACCGGGCUCCACUUUGACUGUUUUAACACAGUUUCUGAGUAUCAAAGAACGGCAUCUGUCUCAGCCUCGUCUUUCUCACAGAUCAUGCCACCAACGAGGCCUCCUCUCCUGAUCAGAGGCGUCUGAGCCUGUGCAAACAUUCCUGGAUAAAGGAAGCAUUGUGUGGCUGCACAUUGGCCAGAGGGAUGUAAAAUGCGUAUGAUGCAGUAAUACCACAAGUGCUUUGUGUGGUAUUUUCAUUCUCGGUAGUUGUUUACUUUAGCAGAAACAGCAGCUGAUGGAUUUUUUUCUCUCACAACAACAAACCACGUGAAAUGAUUCACUCAGGGACACAAUCAUUAACUUAUUCAUGAGAAAUAUUCACACUCCCAUCUGCACAGAGCCACAAGUAGAGUUGUUUUUUUAAUUUCAGUGACAGUUUUCCAAUGUUUGUCUACCUCUUCCCUUUGAUUCCACGUCAGCAUUGAAUAUAAUUAUAUUAUUAACAGCUUCAUCAGAGUCACAUAUACAAUUCGGUUAUGCUGAAACCUAUUGGUUUUUAUUGUGAUGGACUUUUAUUUUGAAUUUACGGUUUGUAGAUGCAGUGACAUUCCUGGAUUUCAAGCCAAAAUGAUUUCUCUGUGCCUGGAAAAUGUUGAACUUUAAGGAAAAAAAAUGCAGCUUUUACAAAUUUCAGUUUCCUAAAGAUUUGUCUCUUUUUCUCAUGUUUUAUAUACAAACAUUUUAUGAUUAAUUUUGGGUUUUUUAUUCAUUCCAAAUAUACAAUCAUGUUAAUUUACCUGAAGGGAACAACAGCUGAUCUUAAACAAGGGAUUCUAUCAUCUCAGUUUCUGAAAUAAUAAUAAUAAUACUGUAUAUCUUUUAUGCGCUCUAAUACCUUAUAAGGUAAUUUUGUUAACCAUGCUGCUACGGAACAUCAGAUUGAAAAUCUUCAUUAAACGCUACAGAAGUUUACAGAGAAUAAUUGUUAAUGUUGCCUUAACUUUAUUGUGAUAAUCCUGCUGUUUUUAUUUAUCAAUAACCUGUAAAAUUCUGUGCUGGUUUUAAAAACUUCAGAAGUUUACAGAGGAAGAAUUUCUGCAAGUGAUGCCUAAUUUUAUGUGUUGAUAAUCUGCAAAAUUCUGCUGCUGAUUUUAAUUUGACUGAUUGUUUGAACAGCUGAGUUAUUGGUGCUGACCAUUUUAUGUUGAUUAUUUUAGUCAAAGCUGCUGUUAUAGGCGUAUCAUGAAGGUUUUGAAAGGAAUGGUAAACAAUAAAUACUUGUUCAAAAUGUCCUGGAGCUUUUUUUUGUUUUGUCUGAUAUUUUUGUUCGUUACUGUGUGAUCUGUGAAAGGUUAUAGGUUAUAACAUUGAUAAUAGAUAAGAUAAACCUUUAUUAGUCCCAUGAUGGGAAUAUUGCACAGUUACUAAAUAUAACAUAAAUAAGGUGGAGAAUUUAAAAGUGUGGAACAAUAUUGAAAAUAAAAAUUAUAUACACAAAAUAUGGGGGGAUUUGCUCAAAUCCACAGUAUAAACCUAAACAAAAAAUAUAUAAGAUAUUACUUCAUUAGAUAGAGAUUUUAAAAAAACAACAUGGAUUAAUUGUGGUUAACAGUAUUUAGAACAUAAAUGCAUAUUGUUGCUUAAUUUAUGACUGAUCAACACACACUUUGUUAUGAGCUUCAUUCAAUGUCCAGCACAAGAAAU